UACAUGGCUGCAGUCAGCAGUGUUCUUUUAAACUCAUGAUUUUUGCAAAUUUUUCCAACACAUGGGGUGUAUGGAGUUGUUCUAGCAAUUCCCAUCUCCCCAUGCUUUUUACAAAUGCUUAUAAACCUGCAUCCUCAGCUCAUGUUAUUUAUCUCAGUGUGUUCUUUCUCACCUAAACUACCAUGUUUUAGGAGACAUACCGAGAAAAAAAAUAUAAUAAAAAAACAGCCAAAGGAGGUAUUUUUCCUAUUCAGGAAUAAUCCUUGCUGUGUUAUGAGAUCCAGAGGGAACAGCGAACAACUGCCUUCACAAACGGCUUGUUAAUCACACGGAGACAAAAGGAGACAUGACUUUAUUUCAUAUCAGCCCCCCACCGCCACCACCUCAUUCGACAUACAAAAACCCUAUUGACACUUUGUCACUUAUUCUAAACCAAGUCUCAGUGCCCUAGGCUGCAGCUUUGUCAGUGGCUAAACGUCCUUUUGAUUAAUUAUUUCCAUCUAUCCCAUUGCACAGAACUCAACCAAAUAGGUAUAAAAAACAAAAACACCUUGUGGCACACAUCAGGCACACAUGGCUGUAAAAUAGCCAGCAUAAAGUAUUAAUAUACCAUUACAACGUACAAUUGUAGUGUAUGGAAAGCACAAUUAUAGCCUUGAAAUUAGAGGGACAUUUGAUACGUUUCAAAUAAUUGUGUCCCACUUCUGGUAAACUCAUCUGGUUUUUGCACAUGCAGUUAUUAAACUUUAAAACAAACAUGCACACACAGAGACAACAAAAACCACCUUUCCUCCUCUACGUUGCUCCAGCUACAAUUAUCUCAUUGCAGCGGAGUUUAAAACACCGCUAUUAUCACAUUCAGGCAACUGCUGCAGAUCUGCUCACGCACGUACCCAGCAUCUGCAAUGAUCCCUCCAGGGAGUGCGGCUGCCCGAUACCGACCUUUGCAGGAACGGGCCCUGAAUAAGGAUGGAAAGAAAGAACCUCUUCCUAAGCCUAUUGCUCUGCUACAAUUUGCUCAGAGCUACCAAUUCUCACAUGGUAAUUGAGGAGAAGACAGAACGCAACCUGUCAAGGAACAACAAAAUGAACCUAUCAGAUCUCCCACCCAUCUCCAUAGUAGAUUUAACUAAAAGAUCCCAGAGAGUCAGCAGGAAAGAGGCAGAGAACAAGAAAUCUUCCAAGAAAAAAGCUGAACUGAAGAAACCUCCAAAACCAAGGCCCACACCUGCAGCUGACUGCGUGCCAAACUUCAAAACCUGCAAACCACACUUGAAUUCAUGUUGUAACUACUGUGCCUUGUGCAAAUGCCGAAUAUUUCAGACCAUCUGCCAAUGUCUAACGUUAAACCCAAAGUGCUAAACCAAACCAGGAACACGUUACGGCUUCUGUCUUUCAUUAGCUUCUCAAGUGUAUAUGUCAAACUGUCUAAUGUGCAUAGCAAUUUAAGUAGAGAGCUUUGAAGCUGGUAGGUUGGAUUUGCUCCUCUUCAAUGGACAAUGCUAGUUUUCUUCAUGUGGAUAAUUCUGUCAUAAACAAGAUGGGUUUUUAGUGAGCAGACAACCAGGGAGACAGAUUUUAAACAAGCAUUUUUAGCAAAACUAACC